CCGCCACAUUAAUCACCAACGCACCGAGCGGACGUUGCUGCGGCCUGGCGAUUCCUGGCCGAACAAUUUCUGUCGGGGUUUUUAACUCCACCGGGUUCUUCGGAUGUCUAAGUACAGACUGGUUCUGCUGAGGCAUGGCGAAGGGGCCUGGAACAAGGAGAACCGCUUCUGCAGCUGGGUCGACCAGAAGCUGAGCGAGGAAGGGGUGAAGGAAGCCCGGGACUGCGGCAGGCUCCUCAAGGAGCAGGGAUACAAGUUCGACUUGGUGUUCACCUCACUACUCAGCCGCUCCAUCCACACGGCGUGGCUGGUGUUGGAGGCCAUGGGCCAGGAGUGGGUCCCCGUCGUCAAGUCGUGGCGGCUUAACGAACGCCACUAUGGAGCCCUGAUCGGACUCAACCGGGCAGAAAUGGCCCUGCAGCACGGAGAGCAGAGGGUGAAGCUGUGGAGAAGGAGCUAUGACAUCACUCCGCCUCUGAUUGAUGAGUCCCACCCCUACUAUAUGGAAAUCUACAACGACCGCAGAUACGCCACCUGCGACGUGCCGAAGGAGAACCUUCCCCGAGCGGAGAGCCUGAAGGAGGUUCUGGACAGGCUGCUGCCGUACUGGAACAGCACUGUGGUCCCAGAGAUCCUGAAAGGCAAGACUAUCCUCAUUUCUGGUCACGGAAACAGCUGCAGGGCCAUCCUCAAACACGUGGAAGGUGUUUCGGACGACGAUAUCGCCAACGUGACUUUACCCACCGGGGUACCUGUGCAGCUAGAGCUGGACGAGAACCUCAAACCGGUGAAACCUCGCCAGCUGCUGGGAGACCAGGCCAAGAUUCAGGCCGCCAUUAAAAAGGUGGAGGACCAGGGCAAGGCUAAACAAGCGACUUGACCACGUGCGCACACACCGCCUUUACUGCCUGCUGCCUGGAUUACUACAUCCGGCGAAUAGCCACAAUCUUAAACAGACUUGAAUUAUUCUGUAUAGCAAUAUUAGCCAAUAAUAAGAACAACAACAACUCGUUGCAGUUGUGAGGUUCCUAGGUCUCAAUGUUACACUUGCAACAAUGUGUGAUUGUUGGCUUAAACAGGAUGCACUGGAAAUGUGGGAGAUCAGGAAAACAACGUGUACUCUAAAUGUUUUAGCAAGCUGCUGGACUGUGUGCUGUGUGUAAAUGUUGAGGGGGAAACUCUGCUCCUUGUCUUAGCUGCCUAUUUGUUGACCUUAAUUUAUUUACUUAUUCUUUUCUACAGAAAGUAAUGAAGCAAAAAUAAAAUCUGUGAAAGCUCAUAUUAGUCUUUUAAGUACAUAUUGCUGUUACAUUAGGACUCGUUUCCUUUUUUUUUUUAAAUCUGUGUUUUUGGUAUUUAACCUGCUUUCUGUUACUGAGCUUCAGAUAGUCUGCUUAUUUAUUAAAUGACGCUCAAUAUAUUGUUAAAAUAUGCCAUUACAAUCCCACAAUUGUAUGAAAUAAUCAUACAUUUGAAUUUCACAGUGGUUUAUACAGUGUGUUUACCUCUUGUACAGAACAAAGAUGUGGGUCGCACUCCUGCGGCUCACUAAUACAUUGGUAUGAACUGGUUGUGAUCUGCACUUUUAGUAAGAAGGCUUUCAAAUUUAAGUUACUUGCUGAAUGUGCCAAUUGCGAAAAGUAAGUCUUAUUUUGUGCAAAUAUACUAAUUGGUUAAUGUAAGCAUCGUUAAUGUUUUUUUUUUUAAAUAGUUUUCAAGUCAAAAAUGUGAGUAACGUACAAAGUGUGUAUACUCACUGUCAUAAAGUAGAACUCUGUUUAUUUUAUGCUGUCUCACAUCUCUUGUUUGCGGGUGUAAUUUGUGCAAUACCUGUAUUUUCAUGUUGAGUUUCACCGUCACUGUUACUUUGUGCCCUGAAUUGCUUUGCCACAACAGGAAAAAGACAAGUCAUGGAUUUGCAAAUACUUGCGUGUCGGCAGCACUGGUGUUUGUAGUUUCAGAUCAUUUUAAUCCUACAGAUGUUACUGGAUGAGAGGUUAUCAUGUAAUAAUAUAAAAGUUCUCAUUUUCAUUAAU